AUGGUGCAAGCGGAGCCCGAUCCGGACGUCGAUCGCACGCACGAUUCACGUGGAUUCAUUGCAACGUGCAUGACUGACUCACAAUCGAUCAAGGCACCGAACGAGACGGAAAAGAACGAGUAUCAAUCGUGGAGACCAACGGAAUUGUUUUGCGCCCAAGAAUACGUGAUAAGCGCCGCGGCCAUGCCGUUUUCGAUGAGCGGCUUAACAACGGAAAACGGUCGACGCGGCGCGGGAAAGUCGCCACAGCGCUUCAAGGAACUGCCAAUGAGACAACCGCUACGUGUGGUUGGCACUACAAGACGGGAGCUGGCUACGAGUACGGCUAUGAUUACUAGAUGGGAGACCAAAGACCGUGUACGAAAUUCUGCAGGCAGCGAGAAGACAGACGAGAAGAUUGUUGGCUUGCAUUCCGAAUGGAUGAAAGCCAUCAUCGUGCGCACAUCUUCGAAUUACGAAGCGAGUAGCUUUGCGAAGCAAGCUCUCUACCCGAGAACAAGUGAAGAACAUCAACUGAAAACGGCAACCCGGCACACCUAUGCGACAGCGCAG